AUGCCGCAACCAUUUUACCAUUUCCAGCAAAACAAUAUGAGUGUCUUCAUCUUCCCUAUUUUGGAAGAGUUUAUUGACUACACAGGAACGGACCCUUCUAGUCCUUGCAACAAAUGUUUAAAUGUGUCCUGGGACAGCACACCGCCUUGUACUUGCACCAUCAAUUUCACACUGGAACAUCCAUUUGAGAGCAAUGUAUUCAUGUAUUAUGGACUUUCCAACUUCUAUCAAAAUCAUCGUCGUUAUGUCAAAUCUCGAGAUGACAGCCAGCUCAAUGGAGAUAACACUUCACUACUUAAUCCUAGUAAGGAAUGUGAGCCUUACCGCACAAAUGAGGACAAGCCCAUUGCUCCUUGUGGAGCUAUUGCCAACAGCAUGUUUAAUGAUACUUUGGAAUUAUACCGCAUUGAAAAUAACACAAGGAUUCCUAUUCCUUUGAUUAAAAAAGGCAUUGCAUGGUGGACAGAUAAAAAUGUCAAGUUCAGAAACCCCACAGGAGAUGGAAAUAAUUUAACUGCACUUUUCCAAGGCACAACAAAGCCUAUAAACUGGCCCAAGCCAGUGUAUAUGCUGGACUCAGAGCCUGACAACAAUGGCUUUAUCAAUGAAGACUUCAUUGUGUGGAUGCGCACAGCUGCUCUGCCGACGUUUCGCAAGCUGUAUCGUCUCAUUGAAAGGAAGAAUAAUUUGCAGCCUACCUUGCAGGCUGGAACAUACUCUCUGAAUAUCACAUACAAUUAUCCUGUACACAGUUUUGAUGGACGAAAGAGAAUGAUUCUAAGCACCAUCUCAUGGAUGGGAGGCAAAAAUCCCUUUCUGGGAAUUGCAUACAUCACUGUUGGGUCCAUAUGCUUCUUCUUAGGAGUUGUAUUGCUCAUCAUCCAUCACAAAUACGGAAAUCGAAACACUAGUGCAGACAUUCCCAAUUAAUCUUGCAUUCUGAAAACAAGUAUUCUGCAUGUGCAUCAAGGCCAGUCCAGAAUGGACCCAGUUUUUGAAAGACAAAAUCUCUGCUUCUGUCACUUCUGAGACUGGGUACAUAAUUUUAUCUAAAGCUCUCUUUCCCAUACUGUGGAUUAACUGUUGAAAAUGACGGGUAUACAAUUAGCUAUAUCGAUUGUAUCUCUGCCUACAUCAGAAACAAUAUUUCUGAUACUUGCCUGGAACCAGGCAGGCCACACAAUGCAUAUAGCUCCUGUUCCCUUGAUGCAUCUGCUGCUUGCUCAUGUGCUAUGUAAUGUCAUUGUGAUUCAGGACAUACAGAUUGUGUGGAGAAAGACUGUUAUGAGAUAACUAUAAAUUGUUAACUUUCUGGAAUUCAGGUGUCAGUGCUAUUGAAAGGAAAAGUCAUGUCUUAAAUGUUUUUUUCAAUUUACUGUCUUGUGUGCAUGGGCUUUUACAUUUCUUGCUGAGAUUUUAAUAUAUUUAUAUAAGUUGUUAAAUAUUUUUCCUGUGUCCUACCCACCUCUGUUAUGUUAAAUCCUUUUAAAUGCUGUGUAAA